CGGGCGCAAGCGCCGCCACCGAACGCGCCCCCGCCUGCAUCGCGGGCACCGCAGGCGCCUCUUCCCGGAUUCCCCUCCCUCCCUCCCUCCCUCCCUCGCGGAGACGACGCGGCCGCCCCCAAAUCCAGCGUUCCCCGUCCCGGCCCCUCCGCGCGCCGCUUCCACCCUCUCAAAUACGCUGCCGCGUCCACCUUCGUACACGCUCGGAGGAUCACCACUGCCCCGCGGUCCGGUCGGAUUGGAUUAAGACAGGCGGUUGGUUGUUUGGUUUGUUCCGGGCGCGGGGGCCUGGAUGAUGGGCGGUACGAGCACCAGCGGCGGGGGCCGGCGGCGGAGGUGGACGCAGCGGUCGUGCCGGACGGGGGGAGGCGGGGUCGUCAGGCGAACGGUGGCGGUGCCGGCGCCGGCCCACGAGGAGCGUGGCGCGAUUACCAAAGGGCUUACUCAUGUGGACAAGCAACAGCGUGUCUGUGGACUAUUAUCAGAUUCCAGAAGUAGCAGUGGAUGCACAACAAAAGAAUUCCUUUACUCAGACUUAUGUGAAUUUAAGCAUAAGAGAUCCAGCAGCAAUAUAUCCAAAUUGCCAAUAGCUUCACAAAGAAGCUCCUCUUCUUCGCCAAUAGAGAAUGAAGUCCCUAGAAAGAAGGUGUUGCUUCAUGCGAGCAGUAACGUUUCAGAUUAUUGGUUGCCCUAUCGGCUUAAAUUUCAUCGUGGAAAAGAAAUAAAUAGUGCAAAGCAAGCUCCUACACUAAAGAAAUCCAGUGGCAUGAAUAGUUUCAGUUAUCAAUUGGCUAGAAGUGCUGGAAAAUCUGAUUCUAUGAAGAUAGGUCCAUUAGAUGCCAAGUGUUCCCUUUCAGAGAAAAUGUCACUGUUAGGCCGAACGCAGCAUGGUCGUAGUCAUCUGAAUCAAAACUUCAUGGUUGCAUCAAAUCAGAGGCAUAAGAUUGCACAACAUGUAGAAGCAACCAACAUUUUAAGAAAGGAUAUUGUUCAAAAGCAGUCUGAUGCUUCAACAGGAAGACACUGGCAAACUUUGUUGGAUAAUGCAUUAGUCCGAAGGAGUUUGCAGCUACCAAAUCCAAAUGAAGAAUCAUCGGAACUAUGGAGCUGUACAAACAGUGAAUCUGAUAAGGCCGUAUGCUUUUCCUCGAGUGACAGCAUUGAUGGUUUGCAAGUAUCUUUUUCCAGUGACACUAGUGAAACGAGUGACAACUCCAAAUUAUCCAGUGAUCAAUGGAGGAUGACCUUCAAUAAGGUACACUGUCCACUUGCUGCACGCAUAAAUUCUGUGUCCCUAACUACCUGCAAAGAGAUCGAGCAUCCAAGCCCGGUAUCUGUCCUUGAACCUCUAGCUGAAGAUUUCUCUGAUGCUGAAAAUGUCAAGCAAGAUACAGCAGAUCCUCACGAUCCCCAGCUAAGACCUGAGCUAGUGAAUUUUCCAUCAGUAAAAACUGUUGCUGAGGUAGGACCAAUGGGUGGAUUUGAUGAUUACUUAUGCUGUGAGAUGGAGGCUGGUGAAAAUGCUGAAACCAUACAGCUGGUUGAGGAAAUCCAUGAAGAAUUUGAAGAUGAAGAGGAAAGAGACUUUUCCUACUUGUUGGAUAUACUAAUUUCUUCAGGUAUUCAUGGCACCGAGGAGGAUCAGAUGUACAAGGUGUGCCAGUCUCUUGAUUGUCCUACUGGCUAUGAUGUGUUUGACAAGCUUGAAAGCAAAUACAUGAAAGUUGCUCAAUGGUCAAGGUCAGACAGGAAGCUUACUUUUGAUAUGGUGAACUCCAUACUGUCAGAAAUUCUCGCCCCUUGUUUGGACAUGCACCCUUGGGUAACUACUGCUAGGAAUAUGGCACCCGUUUGGGGCUCAGAGGGGCUCUUGGAGAAAGUACUGCAGAUAUUGGUUCGGAGACAAGAAGAACUUGCACUGUGUGUGCGAGAGCCUAAGGCCGAGAAGAAAGUAUUUGAUCACAAGUGGCCAGACUUAGCAGACUACAUCGACAGGGCUGGGAGGGAUGUUGAGAAAAUGAUAAAAGAUGAUCUUUUGGAAGAGCUGGUUCUGGAUUUGUUGUCCAGUUAGGUGAAAAGCUAUUUGUGGAGCUUCUAUUAGGUUUCCAGGACCCAAGUAGGUUCCAAAUUGCUGUAGGACCUUGCUUUUGUGCUAGGUUAGGUCGACAAUUGGUUAUAUUGUUUCUUUGGUCCUUAAAGUCAAGUUUUUUUUUGGUCAAAGCAGUGGUUGAUACUCUUUUUGGCUGAGUCGCCACGCUUGUUCCAGGUGCUGUAUUUAUUUGAGAAGGUGCUUGUUAUGGUGUAUAGAUUAUGAGGGCAAGUGUUAGAUUCUAUUAGAUUAGGUGAGGAGCAUAGUUAAAAUUCAUUUUUAGCAAGAAAGAAAAGCAGAAUGUGUAAGGCAAGAAGCCGGGCCAUUUCCCUUUUGUUGGAUUUUGUCAGUUGUACCGAGUCAUUUGAAAUCUGUAAAUCAGGGCGAUUAUAGUCAUGUAAACCUUUAUUAUUGUCAUUGGUAGAAGAAUUGAUAAAAGAUUGUUGAAACUUGUACACUUCCUGUGUUUGAGAAAAAAA